AUGUCGAGUAUGAUCAAGAUAACCAUGAUAAUGGCUUUGGUAGUAAUGGGCGUGAGGGCAGAGACUGUGACUGAGUCUCCUUCCGACACAAAGGCCAAUGGAGUAGACCAACGAGUCAUAUGUUACCGGAAUUGCGAUGUUGGUUGUGGCACUGACAAUGCGUGCCAUGCACGUUGCAAGAAAAGUUGCGGCUACCCACCUUCGGUCACAGGGACCGAUGGAGUAGACCAACGAGUCAUAUGUUACCGGAACUGCGAUGUUGGUUGUGGUACUGACAAUGCGUGCCAUGCACGUUGUAAGAAAAGUUGCGGCUACCCACCUGCCGUCACAAGGACCAAUGGAGUAGGCCAACGAGUCAUAUGUUACCGUAAUUGCGAUGUUGGUUGUGGUACUGACAAUGCAUGCCAUGCACGUUGUAAGAAAAGUUGCGGUUAUCCACCAUUGAUGAAUGUCCAUCAGUGA